AUGGAGAAGCACGCCUCGUCAACCUCUCUCCCGACAGACCUCAAGGGCACCGACUACGAGGCGAACGUGGUCCCAGCCGAUGUAGACCACGACGCCAACCAUGGCAUGCUCCGCGAUGCCAACGACGCCACGGCCACCAUUCGUGGCCUCAAGGGACGCCACCUCCAGCUGAUCGGCAUUGGCGCCGCGAUUGGCACCGGUCUCUUCCUAGGCUCUGCCCGCGCUCUCAUCUACGGUGGACCGCUGGGUUCGACCCUCGCAUACACCAUCUACUGCGCAGUCAUCUGGGGCAUCUGCCUCGGAACCUGCGAGAUGGCUUCGUUCCUCCCCAUCCGUGGCGGUUUCAUCACCUGGGCCGGGAUGUACCUCGACGACGCGGCUUCCACGGCCAUCGGCUGGAACUACUUUUACGCGUCCACCAUGUACUGCUGCGCCGACAUUAUCGCCGUCGGUGGCCUCAUGGACUACUGGCUACCCCACGUAAACGUCGUGGUGUGGAUCACCAUGUCGCUGGUCAUCAUCAGCCUUCUCAAUGUGUACCAUGUCAAGUUCUUUGGCGAGUCUGAGUUCUAUCUCGCAAGCCUGAAGGUCAUCCUCAUCAUCAUGAUUAUCUUCAUGACCUUCAUCGUCAUGUUGGGUGGCAACCCCAAGCACGACCGUAUCGGGUUCAGGUACUGGAAGGAUCCUGGCCUUGUGGCAGAAUACUACACCACCGGCAACCUCGGUCGCUUCCUCGGCUUCUGGCGUGUAUUCAAGAUCGCCGCGUUCAGCAUCGGCGGGCCAGAAAUCGUCGCCAUGAGCGCUGCCGAGGCUGAGCAUCCGCGCAAAACCAUUCCCCGCACGACCAAGGGCGUCGUCUUCCGUCUCGCCGUCUUCUUCGUCCUUGGCAGUAUCUGCAUGGGUAUCCUUGUGCCGUAUAACGACCCGGAGCUCAUCAAGGCCGUCAACACUGGCGUCGGGUCCGACGCCGCAGCGUUCGUGGUUGGCAUGAAGCGCCUCGGCAUCAAGGUCAUGCCUCAUGUUUUCAAUGCCAUUGUCAUGACGUCGGCACUCUCCUGCGCCAAUGGCCUCGCCUUCAUUGCCACUCGCGUCCUCCAUGCCCUCGCCUCUCAAGGCAAGGCGCCACGCAUCUUCGCCAAGACGACCAAGCACGGCAUCCCGCUCUACGCCUACGGCGUCGUUUUCCUCGUCAUGUGUCUCAGCUACCUUCAGGCGAGCAAUAACGCCGCGACCGUGUUUGGCUGGUUCAUCAACCUCAGCAGUGCUGGCGAGCUCAUGAACUUCUGUGCCCUCGCCGUCCUCAUCCUGCGGUUCCGCGCGGGCCUGAAGAAGCAAGGCUACAACGUCAAGGAGUUCCUGCCAUGGUCGACGAGCUGGACUGUCCCAUACACAUGGGUAUCACUCUUCUGGCUGACGAUCAUCACCCUAACUCAGGGAUGGACCGUCUUUGUCAAGGGUGGCUGGAAUGUACAGGAGUUCUUCACCUCCUACUUUGGCCUCAUGUUCGUCACCGUCGUCUUCAUCUUCUGGAAGCUCAAGAACAAGACCAAGUUCGUCAAGCUCGAGGACAUGGACUUCCAAUCACGCGUCGCCGAGUUUGACAAGCUCGAGCAGUACUACGUCGACCACCCGAUCCGGUCGACGACAUGGUGGGGACGUGCGCUGGACAAGAUCUUCUAGGGGUGCAGUAUGAGAUGGCUGCGGGUGGGAUGGUAUCAAUAGGAAAGUUGGAAACAAUAGUAGUUGUCGG